GAGGUCACAAAAUUCCAAGAUAAGACUAAAGUGACUUGUAUAUUUCUUUGUCCCAAAAGUCAGUCUGUUAUCUAACAAAUAUGAGGCUUCAUUUACAAACCUUUGUGUUGUUUUUAAUAUGCUGUUUUGCCUUUUCAGGGGCGCUAAGAAGGAAGAGAGAAUGGUGUAGACCAGUAGAUACUGAGUCACAAUGCAUGCUUGGUAUCUUGGGUAGCUCUUGUCACAUGAAGGAUGACAUGUGUUGUUGUCCACCUAUUUUUCCAGGUAAGAGAGAGGCGGGUCACUGUGCUAUGGUGUGGGACUGGGUGUGUCCCCCUAACUGUGAGAUGGUGAGGGACUGUCGGACUAGGUGUAACAUGCCUGGGGAGUACUGUUGUUGGUGUGCCUCAUCUUAA